AUGACCAACGAGUCAACUGUGGUUAAUCGUCUGGCCCAAUGGCAGCCUGACGAGUCUAUCGAUUCAUGCUUACAUUGCCAAGUUAAAUUCAACUUCUUAACAAGAAGACAUCAUUGUAGAUGUUGUGGGGGUAUUUUUUGUGGUAAUUGUACCGAUCGGUUUUGCUAUUACGAAACUACUGGUAAAGUUCGAAUUAUUCAAAGAAGUUCUAAGGACACCAAUAAAAAAGAGUUACCUCCAUAUAGGACUUGCAUUCCUUGCUAUUGUUUCUUAAGCCAAGAGGGCUUGUUAUUAAACAGGACUAUUCGAUUAAGAUUACAACCAGAUUCACAAUCUAUUUCAAAUACGCAUACAGAUGCAAACGCUGCUACCAAUAGUCAUGUCACUACAGAUGAAGCUUUAAAUAAUAUGAUACAAGAAGUUUCUAAGUCUGAUUCAGAAACUGAAGAGAGCCAUGAAUUAUUAACCGCUGAUAGGACACCAGAGUUAUCAAAUACAAAUAGUAACUCUAGCAGUGGUACCAGUACUUGUUCUGGUAGUAGUGACAACAAUACUUCUAUAUCUGUGUCUUAUUCUGCUUCUAUUGCAACGCCAGCAAUUACCACUGAUGUACGACAAGUUCUAAAUACCCAAUCUAGAAAUGAUCAAGAUUCAGCUUUUUGCCCAGUUUGUAAUAUCGAUUUAUCACAAUUGAGUGAUGAUACAAAGAUUGAACAACAUAUUCAAAGAUGUAUAGAAAAUGCCGAAGCUAUUCAACAGCACAAGAAAGUCUCUUUGAAUGCAGAAUUAUUAUUAUCAGAAGUUGCUUUAAAGAGAAUGCUGGUAUUUAAAAUGCCACCUUCAACUACUAAUGAAAAUUCUUCGACUGGGUGUGAUUUUGAUCAAAAUGAAUGUCCCAUUUGCUUCGAAGAAAUGGAACCAGGUACUAAGGUUGGUAGAUUAGAAUGCUUUUGUGUUUUCCAUUAUGAUUGUAUUAAAGCAUGGUUCAAUAAAAAGGCCAAAAAAAUUUACGCAGCAAAUACGUCACAAACUACAACUGGGGAAUCAAACCAUAUAGGAAAGAAUUUAUGUCCAUUACAUGAUGCUAUUUUUUAA